UUAUUUUAUUCUUUUUGGGUAUGAAGAAUGCUGACCUGUGGCCCAUCAUUUUGACUAUCUUUCACCUUUUUUAUCUCCCUUGUUUUUGAGCGAUGGAUAUGAUGCCUUUGGAUCAUUCUCCUUUUCUUCUUUCUAUCUUUUUUACAGCAGCUAUUUGGCUACGACUUCUUUCUUUCCAUUCAUCUCUCUCAUAUCGGCAGCGUGUUUUUCAUAUAGUCACAGUUGUAUUACAUUAUCAGUUAUUUUACCAGAUAGACAAAAUCUCGCUGUCGCUGUAGCAGUUGAAUGUCAUUCCCCCCCUUCUUUUUACCAACUAUCAAAGUUUCCAAAUCCGCCUGCUUUCAUCUUCUUGCGCGGCUGUGUCUCCCA